AAACGAAGGCAGACGAUUUUUUCUACAGUGAUACUGAAAUUGGCAUUUGAUAGCCAAAGUUCUCUAAAGUAAAAAACAAAAUUGAAAAGUCAAAAUGACAAGUAGUGAAGAUGAAAAAAGUUAUUCUCUUGUAAAUUUUUUUGUUUUCGAUACAAGUCGCAAUUUUCCAGAAGAUGAGGAAUACAAAAGUAUUGUUUAUUAUUAUCCGAAGGACACUUCUAAAGAUUCCCAAAUGAAAGAAAUUGGAAGGACAGCAGCAAUUUUAAAAUUUAGCCAAACCUUUGGAACUUCUGGUAGCUGUCAUUCAUUGCAUACAAGAAAAACAAGACAGUACUUCAAUGAACCAGAACCUGGGUUUUGCAUGGCCAUGACUGUGAAACUGCCAACUGUACCUAUUGAUAAUGAUAUAGAGACACAUGACAAGGUUUUCAACUCUCUACUAGUCCACUCUUACCACAUGUUUCGCCUUUUCAUGGGUACUAUGACUUCAGCUUUGAAGGUUUCAGACCAACCUGAAGAAGAAUUAGAGCAAUUAAAACUGAGAGCAGCAUAUUUUUACUCAAAGCAUUUGCAGAUGAUGCCUUUAGAAGAUGCUGAUCUUGCAGAUGCAUUCCUUGGAAUUCAAUUCCUACCUAUGGAUAAACUGUCCUUUUUGAAAGUCAGAAGUCUGGUUAGUCAUGUUGAACAGACCUUCCCCUGUAUUACUUCAACAACUGUGCUUUAUCAAGAUCAAAUUGUUUGGACUGGACUUUGUCAAGAUGAUGUCCAACUUAUUUACAACUACCUCACCACAAAACUAUUUCCUGCGUCAAUAACUCUUAAUACUGAAACGAGAUUCUUGACAGGGCCUGCAGAUGUACACGGUCUCUCUUCGGAAAUGCGCAUUCCUCAUGUUUUCCUAAAUCAUAGUCAAACCGUCCCGGAUGAAUGCCAGCUGAUAGUUUACCGAGUCGCAGGAGUGACUAUGUGUCUGUUUAUAUCAGCAUCCAUUGAACUGGACCAUGAAUUUUUUGUAUCACUCGAUUUAACUCUUGGGCCGAGAAUAGUUGCCCUCUCUGCAGAUGUAGCCGAACAAGCGCUUGUGCGCAAAACCGCUUCAUCGCUAAAUAUGGGCACAGAUUCAAUUCGUUUUCUCUAUUUCAACCAAUGGAAUAUGGCAUUUAAAUCUACACUGCAUCAAAGCAUACCUGGCCAUCGUAGAGUUUUACAGUGUCAACCAUCGGCAAAUAAUGAUGUCAUUAAGACGUGUGCCGAUUUGUGUGAAGAUUUUUCUAGUUUUGGCGAUGGUGAGAUUGUUGUCAAAACCAAAAGCGACGCAUGGGUUUUAGGAAAGUUAUCUAACAAACGGCAUCUUUACGUAGUGGUGACACGAAAAAACGCCGAACUAGUUGAUAUUUGUGAUGAAGUUCGGCGGCUAAGGAAUAUACUGUUCAAAGACAUUCUGUUACUGGAGUAACAACUUUGUUAUACAAUUACUUCCUUUGGUCAAACAGUCAUGAUGUAUUAAUCUAUGCAUUGUGAUCAAAUGUUUACUUUUCUUGUUAAUGCUUGUAAAUAAACUACUACAGAAGUGCAAAA